AUGCAGAGCCAGCAAAUGGCCCAGAUGGCCGCCAUGAACGCCAGCAACGGCUCCGUCGACGGAACUCCCAUGAUGAAUAACAAGCGCAUGAUGACGGAUCCGCGAGAGCAGCUUAACACGUACAUAUACGACUACUUUCUGCGCAACAGCCACUUCAAACUGGCCCGGGCCAUGCUCGACAGUAGCGACACGGUCAAGAUGUCGACGGGCCCGCCACAGAAGCCUAGCCCCAACAACAGGCCCAACGGUGUCGAUGCAAUGGACACAGAGGGUGCGGAAAACUUCCCCUCACCGCAGCUGCCCCCAAAUCAGAUGGCAGACAACUCGUUCCUCUUAGAUUGGUGGGUGCAGUUCUGGGACAUUUACCAGGCCACAAAAGCCCGCGCCGGCACCGGCCCCUCCAAAGGCAACCAGUAUAUACAGCACACACGUAACCUUACACAGAUGCAAAACGAACAGCGGAACCAGCGCAUGAUGAUGAACAACCCGAUGAGCGCCCAGUAUCAGAUGAUGACGCGGAACGGCAUGCCCAACGGCGUCCAGGCAAACGACCUGAAGCGCGCCGCAGCGAUGAAUAACCGACCUAACGGAAAUUCCAUGGCAGCAAUGCAGAUGAAGAACCCCGCCAUGAUGGCUGCUCAAAUGCAGCGAGACGGCUCUGGCAUGGAGAUGAACGGCCAGCGCCCGCAAUCACCAGGGGCCAACGAGAGUGCACCGUCUCCCAACAAGAGACCCCGCGUUGACGGUGGAAUGAAUGGUGGCAACAUGCCUGGGAAUCAAUUUGGUGAAUUCGCCCAACAGGGCCAGAAUUCGCAACAGAAGAUUGAGGUAUAUGCCCAAAGCCUGGUGAACCAACACAGAGUGGCACUGAAUAACACUUCGUCCUCUCAGGGUAUGAAUUCUGGCGUUCAAGGUUCUCCGAUGGCCCAUCCAGGCCUGGACGGUCAGGAGAACAUGUUCGCUGGCAACGGGCCGCGUACCGGCAUGCCUCCCAACGGCGCACCUGGCGCACCUCAGCAAGGCAACCAUGCUUUGCAAGACUAUCAGAUGCAGCUCAUGUUGCUUGAGCAGCAGAACAAGAAACGCUUACUGAUGGCACGUCAGGAACAGGACAACAUGUCGGGCCCCCAUCAACAGGGUGGCGUCGGUGCGCCUGGCUUUGCAACAGCCAUGUCACCACAAGGUAGUAGAGCAGGCCCCUCACCCAACCCAACAGAGAUGAAACGAGGCACACCCAAGCUGGGACAGCAAGUCCUACCAGGAUCACCAAUGCCUGAUGGUGUCAUGCAACAGCAGCGGGGCUCUCCCGCACCAAACAUGAACUUCGACCCCAAUCAAGUCCCUCCUGGAAUGCCACCACAGUAUUACUCGCAAAUGCCUCAAAAUCCCAUGAGGCCACCGCCCCCCAGCUCGCAUCCUGGAGCCAAUUUCAACGGUCAGCAAAUGACGGCGCAGCAAAUGGAAGCCAUGCGCGCGGGCCAGAUGCAAAACACCGCAUGGCGUGGCCCACCGCAGCCUGGAAUGAUGCCAGGACAGCAGCAAAUGGGUGGUCCAAUGGGCCAGAAUCCCCAACAACGUCAACAAAUGCCUCCACCUCCAGCACCUUCCAACGAGCAGCCUAGACCAGAACCAUCUCCCUCUCAAUCUAACCAGGCACCACCAACGCCAAACCAAACGAACAAGGCCAAUCCAAAGAAAAAGGUCACAAAAGACAACAAGAAGCCCGCCAAUAAAAAGGCUGGAAAUGCAGGUGCCGCAUCAGCAAACGCGAACGGCGAUGAACCUCCCACGCCGACCUCAUCCACGCCGGUGGCUCCCAUCACGCCGAUUCAUGCGAAGUCGUUUGCCCAAAAUGGCCAACAACAACAGCAGCAGCAGCCUGUGCAGCAAGCUACUCAGCAGCAGGGCAUGGACAAUAAUGGGCCUCCAUUUGGCAACAUUGGUGACGGUACUGACGCCCCGUUUGACCUGAACUUCAACCUGGAUGACUCUGGUGCCUUGGAGAACUUCGAUUUCGACUCAUUCCUACAUACUAGCACCGAUGACAAUGGCUUUGGAAACUUAGUCGGAGAAUUCGAUUUCACCAAUACGGCAGAGGUUGGAGGCGAUCUAUAA